AUGUCCUCUCAACCGCGACCACCAAACUUCAUUAUCUUUGGCGAGAUGGGCGUUGGGAAGAGCGCGUUGGUAAAUCUCAUUGCUGGAGAUCAACUUGCCGAGACCUCUUCCGGCGCACAGUUGUGCACACUCGAAUCAACAGAGUAUCCAGUCACAUUUUCAGAUCCCCAGCUCAAUGUAAAUCUUUUUGAUACAGCGGGCUUGGACUGGCCCAUUCUAAAUAAUGCGGGGUAUUUAGAUGUCCUAGUGAAGGCACAUGAGCUCAUCGUCUCGCUCAAGAACCGGGGAGGUGUACAUGGCUUGCUUUUCUGCAUCAGGGCUGGCAGAGUGUCGAACACUAUGCAACAGAACUACAGAUUAUUCUACGAGUUCCUGUGCCAGGAACAGGUGCCUCUUGCGCUAGUCGUUACCAAUCUUGAGAACGAGGUGGACAUGGACGACUGGUGGACGAGGAACAAGGCACAUAUCGAAAACUCCGGCAUUGUCCCCGUCACGCAUGUCUGCAUCACAACCACCAAGGGCUUUCGAAACGCAUAUGAAGCAAGAUACUUCGAAUCCAGGAAGAAGGUGCUUAAUAUGCUCAGGGAACUUGGAAACCAUGAUGCGUGCUUGGUAGACGAGAGUCUCUGGUUUGCGCGGAUGAGCAAGAAGCUGAGGGAGUUUUUAGUUCCGACCAGGGGGUCGGGGAGGAGUCGUUAG